GAAUUUAUCUCUUGGAUUUAAUCUACAUUGAUUCUGCAUAUCCAGCUUCAGGCAGCAUUAUGGAGAAUGAACAAAGAUCCAAUCAAAUGAACAAUAUUCUUCGAAUAAUAGCUGAUCUGCAAGUCUCCUGCAACUAUGAUCAUCUCACAACACUGCCACAUGUGCAGAAGUAUUUGAAGUCUGUCCGUUACAUUGAAGAACUUCAGAAAUUUGUAGAAGAUGACAAUUACAAAUUAUCAUUAAGAAUUGAGCCAGGGAACAGCUCUCCUCGACUGGUUUCCUCCAAAGAAGAUCUUGCAGGUCCAUCUGACAUGUCAGCUAUUAUGAAAUUAAAAAGACCCACGUGUCCUGAUGCCUCAGUAGCAGCAAGUCUACCUACACCUCCUGUACCAAGGCAUAGGAAGAGUCACAGCCUGGGAAACAACAUGAUGUGUCAGUUCAGUGUGGUGGAGAGCAAAAGCGCCACGUUCCCGACGGAGAGGCCGCGCCACCUCCUGGAUGACAGCGUCCUGGAGUCGCACAGCCCGGCCCGCAGCCACCCCCGCAGCUCGCACUUCGCCAACGGCCUCUCCAUAGACAGCAGUGAAAGCUCAGAGUUUAGUGAGGAGCUGCCAUCCGGGCUUGAAAGGGGUCGUUUAUAUGCCACGCUGGGGCCUAACUGGAGGGUACCAAUCCGGAAUUCUCCUAGGAGUCGAAGCUGUGUGUACAGCCCAACAGGGGCCUGCAGCUGCUCACUAAGUAGUUCCACAGGAGUAAUUACCAUGGAAGGGCCAUUAAGAAGAAAAACAUUGCUCAAAGAAGGCAAGAAACCUGCUCUCUCCUCAUGGACUAGAUACUGGGUUAUGCUUGCAGGAUCAAGUCUUCUGUACUUUGGAGCAAAAUCUUUAAGAGGCACUGAAAGAAAACAUUAUAAAUCCACACCUGGUAAAAAAGUCUCCAUUGUGGGCUGGAUGGUGGCACUGCCUGAUGACCCUGAGCAUCCUGAUGUUUUCCAGCUAAAUAACCCCGACAAAGGAAACGUUUACAAGUUCCAGACUGGUUCAAGGUUUCAUGCAAUAUUAUGGCACAAGCAUUUGGAUGACGCAUGCAAAAGCAACAAGCCUCAGGUACCUGCUAACCUAAUGUCAUUUGAAUAA